AUGAGUCUAGAUGAAACAAACCUUCAUAUUCUCUGCCGAUCUGAAGAUCCUAAAAAACGCAAAUAUGCCGCGCGUAUUCAGCCUAUACGUAAAAAUGGACAUCUCUUACUUGUGACUCUUCUUCUUAGCAAUGUUUUAGUUAAUGAAACUUUGCCGAUUGUCAUGGAUGACAUUAUGGGAAGUGGCAGUAUAUCUGCAAUUCUGGCUUCUAGUGCACUUAUUGUUCUCUUUGGUGAGAUCCUUCCUCAAGCAAUCUGUGCUAGAUAUGGUCUUGCUAUAGGUGCUUUCUUUGCGUGGCCCACAAGGAUAUUGAUUUGGAUAACUUUUAUUAUUUCGUAUCCGAUUGCCAAGCUAUUAGAUUUUGUUCUCGGUGAAAAUCAUGGAAUAAUUUAUCGUCGUGCUGAACUCAAGGAAUUGAUUAAAUAUCACGAAACAUCUACUGAUCAUGGUGGUGAUCUUAAUACUGACAGUGUUACAAUUAUUCGAGGUGCACUUGACUUUCAAGAUAAGAUAGCUGAAAGUGCGUUAACUUCACUAGACAAGGUUUUCAUGAUUUCUAUUGACACCAUUCUGGAUAGAAAGACUAUGACUGAAAUAUACACAUCAGGAUAUUCUCGCAUUCCAGUUUAUGAAGGUUCUCAUAAGAUAAUUAAAGGUGUUUUAUUGACUAAGUCUUUAAUCUUGUAUAACCCUGAUGAGGCUCUUCCUUUGAAAAAUUUCGGUAUAAAUCCUAUUAUUGUGGUUGAAGCUUCGACAUCUUUAGUCGAUAUUUUAAAUUCAUUCCAAGAAGGUAAAUGUCAUAUGGCAUUAGUUGUUAAAGAAUCAAAUCCUAUCGGAAUCAUUACUUUGGAAGAUAUUCUUGAAGAAAUUAUUCAAGAAGAAAUUUAUGAUGAAUCAGAUACAAUGCAUAAAACAAUAAAUGGAUUGAACGCUUCGAUAAGUAUUAUUCGGAAUAACAAAGUCAGGAAAAAUUCGACGAAGAAAAAUGAUUCUAACAAUAAUGAUCAUAAAGACUUAAUUGCAUUUGAUGACGAUAAUCCAUAA